AUGUGUUUUUUGGCAUAGUUAAUUGUAGAAAAAAAUAUAAAAUGAGGUGAUGUGAGUGGGAAAAAUUGCUGCACAUAUUAAGGAUCCUUUUUCUUGAUCUAUAUUUUUGUUAUUUGCUGAUGUAUAUAUUUUAUAUGCUGUUUUUUAUUUAAUUAAUUUAUUAGAGACUAUUUUAUGCUUUAUUUACCUUUUUUUAUUAUUAUUAUUUUAUUUACUAUUAUUAUUAUUAUUUCCACAUGUAAGAAUAAAUAAUUGAUCUAAUUAGUACAUUGUUUGAUUGCUUUGCUUAAUCCAUUCCAUCAUUUAAUUCAACAUACUGAUAUACUGAAGGUCUUAAGUGUUGUACGUGCGUACAAAUGUUUUAAAUUACAUUUCUCUCUAAGAUUAUUUUUCUCCUCUUUUUUUGAGAAGAAUUGUUGUAUAUUCUUGGGUAGCAGGCUAUAGUUUGCUUUGUUUAUAAUUUUAGCUGUUUGCAAAUUCACUAUGUCGUGGAAUUUGAGUAUCUUUGAUUUAAUAAAUAAAGGAUUUGUGUGUUUUCUAUAUCCAAAAUUAUAUAUUAUUCUAACUGAUCUUUUUUGUAACACCGUUAAUGAAUGAAGUGUACUUUUGUAAUUAUUUCCCCAUAUUUCUACACAAUAACUCAGAUAUGUAACACAAGUGAACAGUAGAGAAUAUGAAGUGAUUUUUUGUCUAGAACAUGUUUUGCUUUAUUCAUUAUUGACGUGUUUAUUGCUACUUUAUGUUGUAUAUUUUUUACUUGAGAUUUCCAGUUCAAUUUAUCAUCAAUCAUUAUACCUAGAAAUUUGGUUUCAUUUACUCUUUCAAUUUCUAUUCCGUCUAUUUGUAUUUGUGUUUGACUUUCUUUUCUACUGUUACCAAAUAGCAUUAUUUUAGUUUUACUGAGAUUCAAAGAUAGUCUGUUUUUGUCAAACCAUCUUUUUAAUUUGUUAAUUUCUUCUGUUAUUAUUUGUAUUAUCUUCUGUGUGUUCUCUCCUGAACAAAACGCUGUUGUAUCAUCCGCAAAUAAUACUAACUUUAAAUCUUUUGUAACUUUACAAAUGUCAUUUAUCUAGACAUUGAAUAAUUUAGGUCCUAUAUUGAUCCCUGAGGUACACCACAGGAUAUAUUUAGCGUUGUAGACGAAACCACCACAUUAAUAUUAAAGAUAUGGUUAACAUUUUUAGUGCUAAAGAUAUUCCCCUCUCCUUGUAUCCCUCCUCCCGGCUCCACCGUCUCGCCGAGUGCCAGCAAGAGUCAUGAGUACUCGUCAACUCGACUCCUCAACUGGAGAUAACUUUCUAGCACUUCACCAUGGGGAAGGAUGUAUUCAUAUGCCUUCACCAGCACAUGCAUUAAACAUGCAGAGUUACACAAGGUAAAAUCUCAGCUCAUCUUACUUGCUUAUUUGUAUACACUAACACUUGUGCAUGCUUUUGUCCACGUUGUUCCUUUGACGAUGAAUAAAUACCCCUUUUCUUUCUUUCUACAUUAAGGAUGCCUUUUCAUCUGAUUAAAUGUAUAAUGAACAGGGACAUUGCGGUUGUCCCAAGUGGAUGGUAUGAUGAUAGGAUGGUUUUCUGGCCCAGCUAUAAAAACACCGACAGAAUUGAAAGGGCCGCUUUAAAUGAGGUGCAGCAUGAGCCAAACUGGCCAAGAUUUGACGUUUUUGUUGUCCGAACUUCUGACAACUACAAAGACGCAUUAAAAAUAAUGCAACAAUAUGGAAAGGGCUGCAACACCUCAGACCUGCAAUCUGAGGCAGAGAACGAGGAGCUGCCAGAAAAAAGGAACAGGAAGCCAGUCCAUCGUCUCGGGGACUCAGAUGAUAGCGAAGAAGACCCGGGAAAUAGUGACCUCACAUCUCUGGGGUUGGCAAGCAUAUUGCACAGGCAGACUCCACCGUCUCGCCGAGUGCCAGCAAGAGUCAUGAGUACUUGUCAACUCGACUCCUCAACUGGAGAUAACUUUCUAGCACCUCACCAUGGGGAAGGACGCAUUCAUAUGCCUUCACCAGCACCUGCAUUAAACAUGCAGAGAGUUACACAAGGAACGGCAGUCCCUCCUCGACUCCCUCCACCCCCCUCACCAGCAGCCCUCAACAUGUGGCACACAGAGGGGCCUGGAUCCAGCCUGGCCUACAGGCCAACAUGGCGAGGGGAAAGAAUGGCCGACAACAUUUCCUGCUCUGCGCCUGAGGUAAUCCACAUCCUUAGCCUGCUGGAAACUAUUAAGCACAACCAAGACCAGCUGAUUGCGAAGGUGCUGUGAGUAAAAAUGUGUUGACAAGGUCAGCCACGGACGCUGAGGUCACCAAACACGCCAUCAGGUGGUUCAACUUGGCGGGGGAUCGGGCAACGAGGAGACGAGUCCCGCUUCCACCUCCUCAGGAGGAAUAGAGAUGCAUAUGUAUAAAUAAAAAACCUUUUAUUGGA